AUGAUAGUGAACUGCACAACUGCAAACUGGAAAUAUCUGAAGAAGCAGAAGAAAUACGGGGACUAUGUGGACCGCGAGAAGGCGCGCACGCGCCGGGCCCGACAUGGCUGCGCCGCACUACUGGACGCGCGCCCUCAGAGCCGCCUGCCCGUCCGCUUGGCUCCCGCACCACCGCUGGGAGCUGCGGGGCGGGGACGCCGGUACACCGUCCGACCACUGCCUCCUCUUUCCUUAGUAUCCCGACUCAAACGGCGCGCGCGCACGGGACAUAAGCGCCGCGCGCUUCGGGCCAUGGCGGUCCACGUUCUUUGGUUGGUGGUGGCGCUGGUGCCGCUUGCAGGAGUUAAAACUCAACAAUAUGGUUACCCCCCAAGAGGAGACAUUGAGGAUAAUAACAUUUAUCCUAGCCGAUGGCCACCGACAGAUAACUGGUCUACGAGAAAUUAUCAAUCCCCGAAUCUGAAUACUUACGGCUUAUCUAGACGACCGGAUUUACCCACGGCUCAGCCCUCAGCUCCACCCAGAUCCCAAGCAUCGUUGGGUCAAAACUUUGCCGUUCUCGACCCCGUUACUCGACAGCGAACUACAGCAUUCGAUCGAAAUUGUACUGCGCCCGGUUGUUGCGUUCCAAAAUGUUUUGCGGAGAAAGGAAAUAGGGGCUUCCCAGGCGUACAAGGGCCUGCAGGUAUGCAAGGCCUGCCAGGGCACGAAGGAGCUGAGGGCCCGCAAGGUCCGAAAGGGCAAAAGGGGCAAGUAGGUCCGCAAGGACCUCGUGGGCCUAAAGGGGACAGAGGCAAACCUGGUGCUCAAGGAUUUGUGGGAUUAUCUGGACCUCCAGGACCGCAGGGCGAUUCCGGUGCACCUGGUAUACCAGGACGAGACGGGUGUAAUGGAACAGAUGGCGAGCCUGGUAUAAUGGGUCCUAAAGGUUCACAAGGGCCUCGUGGUAUACCUGGACCGAAAGGUGAUAAGGGAGACAAAGGACAAGCUGCACAUAUGGGUCGCUAUCCUAAAGGACAAAAAGGAGAACCUGGAUCUGAUGGCAUGCAGGGUCCGCAAGGUCCUGUAGGAUUAACUGGUCCAUCAGGUCUACCAGGACCAAAGGGCAAUACAGGACCUAUGGGACCACCAGGACUUCGAGGUGAUAAGGGCUCAAAAGGAUCGAAAGGUCAAUCUAUUCAAGGUGAUAAAGGUGACAGGGGAGAUCGAGGAGACAAAGGACCUGGAUGUCCACCUGCACCUUUGCGCUCUUACGACAACAAGGGUGCUAUAAAAGGAGUUAAAGGUGAUAUGGGCCAAAAAGGUGAUAAAGGAGAGCCUGGUAGAAUGGGUGAAAAGGGAGACACAGGACCGAUGGGAGAACCGGGUUUAGCUGGACAAAUGGGUAUCAAAGGUGAAAAGGGUAUAAGGGGAAAUCCUGGAGAAAGAGGUCGUGAUGGUAUGUACGGUCCAGCAGGACCUAUGGGGCAAAAAGGUGACCAGGGAAACGAUGGAUUAUCUGGUUUGCCUGGCAGACCUGGAACUAAAGGAGAACCUGGAAGAGACGGAGCACCUGGUCUUAGGGGAUUAAAGGGAGUACCAGGUCCAGCCGGUGGAAGAACAGGUUCACGGGGGCCUCCGGGUCCUCCUGGACCUCGAGGUUAUAUGGGGCCAGCAGGCGCUCCGGGAUCUGAUGGUAGACCAGGUGACAGCGGUUUAUCCGGACCUAUGGGUCCUCCUGGUGGACAGGGUGAACCUGGUACUCCAGGAAUUGAAGGUCCUGCAGGCCACAAAGGAGAAAAGGGGGAACCUGGUUUAGAUGGUUUACCUGGUGAGAUUGGCCCAAGAGGAUACGACGGCCCUAUCGGACCACAGGGACCAAGAGGACCGAAAGGAGAAGAUGGCAUAUCAAUUCCUGGUGAAAGAGGUACUCCCGGUAUUCCUGGUUUACCCGGAGAAAGGGGUGAAAAAGGUGAACGUGGAUAUCCCGGUUUAAGAGGUGUACCUGGAAAUUCUACGUUAGGGACACCUGGUAGCCCUGGAGAAAUGGGAAUACGUGGUGAAAAAGGAGAACGAGGCAGUCCAGGUUAUGAUGGUUUACCUGGAAAUCCAGGUGAAAAGGGUGAUAUAGGAGGGCGAUGUAAUGAAUGCUGGCCUGGUGGUCCUGGCGCAAAAGGAGAUCACGGAGCUGAUGGUAGUCCAGGUGAAAGAGGAGAGAGGGGUCCACCCGGCCCCGAAGGAUUGCCUGGCGAAAGAGGUUCUGAUGGAUUGAAUGGAUUACCUGGAUCAGUUGGUGCUCCGGGCGAUAGAGGAGACGAAGGCCCAAUGGGACCACCUGGUGAGAGUGGAGUUGACGCUAUCAUUCCUUCUAACUUGGUCAGAGGACCUCCAGGUCCUCCUGGUCCUCUGGGAGAAAAAGGUGGAAUAGGACCCAAGGGUGAAAGAGGCCUGAUAGGACCUAAAGGAGAUCGUGGUCUAAAUGGUAUGCCAGGAUUUAAGGGAGACCAGGGAAGAAUGGGCCCACCCGGUGUUGAUGGAAUCCCUGGUACGGAUGGUAUACCAGGUGUUCCAGGCGCUAAAGGUAUGUCCGUAAAAGGAGAAAAAGGUGAGCCAGGAUCACAAGGAUUUAAAGGUGAUAAAGGAUUCUCAGGAAGGCAUGGACUCAAAGGAGAGCCUGGCCAGUGUCCAAACUAUUUGCAGUUAUUGACGAAGGGUGAAAAGGGCAAUCAAGGAACACCAGGACCACAGGGACCGCAAGGAAUAUCUGGAGAUAAAGGUGACAGAGGUUUAACAGGACUAACAGGAGACAAGGGCCAAAAAGGAAUAGCUGGACGUGCUGGUCCUGUUGGGCCUCGAGGAUUUCCAGGUUUGAAAGGAGACAAAGGUGAAUUGGGUUCAAUGGGUUUCCCUGGUACAACUGGAGAGUCAGGCCCUCGAGGGUUCCCUGGUUUACCAGGUUUGAAGGGAGAUAAAGGUGAAAUCGGGCCAUCUAUGCCAGGUCCGCCAGGUCCCGCUGGAUUCGGAGGACAAAAAGGAGAAGCCGGCCCAAGAGGUAUCCCCGGUAUACCGGGUAACGAUGGCCCUAUUGGUCCCGUUGGUUUAUCGGGUGAAAAGGGUGAUAGGGGAUUUGCUGGCCUUCCAGGGUUGCCAGGCCCAGUAGGUUUGAAAGGUGAACCGGGAUUAGUUGGGCCUCCAGGUGUUGCAGGAAUUCCAGGUACGCCUGGAAGGGACGGGUUUAAAGGUCAACAAGGCUUUCCUGGAAUACCAGGAAAACCAGGUGUUAUUGGUUUACCUGGUCAAAAAGGAGACAAAGGUAUCCAAGGAUCGGAAGGACCCAAAGGCUUUCCGGGUCCUCGGGGCCGCCCAGGUUUUAAAGGAGCAAUUGGUUUAGAUGGUAGCCCGGGAGAAAAAGGUGAUAAGGGUGAAUCUGGUUUUCCUGGUGCUCCAGGAGAACCUGGCUUGGAUGGACCAGUUGGACCAGUUGGAGUCGAAGGACUUAAAGGAGAUCAAGGUUUCCAAGGACUCCCUGGUUCGCCUGGUAGGAUGGGUGCACCGGGUGAAAAAGGUGAUAGAGGGUUCCCCGGACUUGUCGGACCUAAAGGUGAAGCUGGAAGAGCUGCAGACAAAGGUGAAAGAGGUUUCCCUGGUGUUCCAGGACUGAGAGGUUUAGAUGGAAUUCCUGGCCAGGAUGGAGUUAAAGGCGAUAAGGGAGAUGGUGGACUUCCUGGCAUUGGAAUUCCAGGGCUUGUCGGGGAAAAGGGAGAUACAGGAUUCCCUGGAUUACCGGGAUUACAAGGCCAACCUGGUGAAAAAGGUGACCAUGGUCUUCCUGGUGUACCCGGAAUAAAAGGCGAUAGGGGCUUAGUUGGUGAGGCAGGACAACCUGGUCAACCAGGAUUAGAUGGAGCACCUGGACAACCAGGUGACAUUGGAUUACCAGGGUUGCAAGGCUUUAAUGGCGAAAAAGGAGACAGAGGUUUUAGUGGAAGAGAUGGUUCAAACGGAGAAAAAGGUGAUAGAGGUCCUAUAGGUCCUCCAGGAUUUGAAGGAGAAAGAGGUUACCCUGGUCUGAAGGGAGAUAGAGGGCUUCCAGGACCAUCAAUAAAUAUUAAGGGAGAAAAAGGAGAUAUUGGUCGACCAGGCAUACCCGGUGCACCAGGUCAAAAAGGUGAACGAGGACCAAUUGGUCUGCAAGGUCUUCAAGGUGAAAAAGGAGAUCGUGGUUUCGUUGGUCAGAAAGGGGACAUGGGUCUUAUUGGUGCUACCGGCGAAAAAGGUGACAGAGGACCUGAGGGCCCUGUGGGUGUAUCUGGACGAACAAUCAAAGGUGAAAAGGGAUUGCCUGGUCUAUCAGGUAAGCACGGACGUCCAGGUUUACCCGGUGCAACAGGUGAAAAAGGAGAACAGGGAUUACCCGGCUUACCUGGACAAACGGGUAGACCUGGCAUUCCUGGUUUACCAGGACCUCAAGGGGAAAAAGGAGAUCAAGGACGAGAAGGUAUUGCUGGACCACCAGGAUUUGAUGGCAUACCAGGAUCUACAGGACCACCAGGAAUUAUUGGUGAAAAGGGAAGUAAAGGUGACAAAGGUGCAAUAGGUUUUGGUUUGCCCGGAGAAAAAGGCAUGCAAGGUUUACCAGGUAUUGCUGGUCUAGAAGGAGAAAAGGGAGACAAGGGUGAGCGUGGCUUUGACGGACGUAAUGGACCACCAGGUCCUAUGGGCCUUGAAGGUGAAAAGGGCGAUAGAGGAUUCCCAGGAAGAAUAGGUUUACCCGGAGCUGAAGGUGCAAAGGGAGACAAAGGAGACGCUGCUAUUACUGUGUUCGGACCCAAAGGUGAACCUGGGCCGAGAGGUCCUCCUGGUCGGGAUGGUAUUGCUGGUCUAGAUGGAAUUCCUGGUGCGAGAGGCUUAGAUGGACUUCUGGGUGAAAAGGGAAAUCAAGGUUUCCCAGGCCCAAGAGGACCGCCAGGACCAACUGGACUACAGGGUUUACAGGGAUUCCAAGGUGAAAGAGGAGACAUAGGGCGAGCUGGUCUGCCUGGAAUUCCAGGUACACCCGGUGCCCCUUGUCAAAAUAAGGAUUAUCUAACUGGAAUUCUCUUAGUCAAACAUAGUCAAACCGAAAUUGUACCUGAAUGUGAACAAGGUCAUGCCAAAUUGUGGGACGGUUAUUCUUUACUAUACAUUGAUGGUAACGAAAAGGCGCAUAAUCAAGAUCUGGGUUAUGCUGGUUCUUGUGUUCGGAAAUUCAGCACUAUGCCAUUCUUAUUCUGUGAUCUCAAUGACGUAUGCAAUUAUGCAAGUCGAAACGAUCGAAGCUACUGGUUAUCUACUAACAACCCAAUACCCAUGAUGCCAGUGGAAAAUUACGAAAUUGCUAAACACAUAUCAAGGUGCGUCGUGUGUGAAGUGCCAGCAAAUGUUAUAGCAGUACACAGCCAAACGUUAGAUAUACCUAGUUGUCCCGUAGGAUGGAGUUCAUUAUGGAUUGGAUACAGUUUUGUUAUGCAUACUGGAGCUGGAGGGAAUGGAGGAGGACAAGCCCUUGCGAGUCCCGGAUCAUGUCUUGAAGAUUUCCGGGCUACGCCAUUUAUAGAGUGCAAUGGCGAAGGCGGUACAUGUCACCACUUCGCGAACAAACUUAGCUUUUGGCUAACUACUAUUGAUGACAACAAGCAGUUUGCAAUGCCCGAGCGUGAGACGUUGAAGUCUGGGCGAUUAUUACAAAGAGUAUCAAGAUGCGCUGUUUGUAUUAAAAAUACAACAUAG